UAUUGGUCGUCAUCUGCAAUUGCAAACAGGAACGACGACCAUGGGAGACGAGAAGCUGAAGAACGAAGCAAUGGAGAUCCUGGGAUUAUGUCAAGUCUUGCCUCGUUUAGUCGUCUUCGAUCUCGAUUACACUCUCUGGCCUUUCUACUGUGAAUGUCGAUCCAAACGUGAGAUGCCAUCUAUGUAUCUCCAUUGUAAAGAUAUCUUAAAUGCACUAAAGGACAAGGGAGUUAAAAUGGCUAUUGCCUCCAGAUCACCAACAAGAGACAUAGCAGAGACUUUCCUUGACAAAUUGGGCAUAAAGUCGAUGUUUGUAGCACAGGAGAUCUUUUCCAGUUGGAGUCACAAAACAGAACAUUUCAAGAAAAUCCAACUAAAGACUCAAAUCCCAUUUGAUAAGAUGCUUUUCUUUGAUGAUGAAAAUCGUAAUAUUGAAGCGGUUUCAAAAAUGGGGGUGACAAGUAUUUUGGUGAAUAAUGGGGUGACUUUUGGAGCCUUUAGGCAAGGGCUUACUGAAUUUUCUCAAGGUCCAACUCCAAGUUCAUCAAAGAGGGAUAAGAAAAAGUGAAUAAAAACACUUUAAAAAAAAUACAUCAUUUGGAUAUUGUAUCGAUAUUGUUUAUGGUGAUACAGAUUUUUUAACUUGAUUUGGAUUUGAUUUAUGUAUUAGAAAAUGUCGUUUUACA